UCUUUUCUCAACAUUCUCUCUCUAUGGGUAACACAGAUAAGGAACAAAACCAAUGAUGUCCGGCGCGGUAGAGCAGUGGCGAAGAAAGAAGAGGAGGAGGGUUGUGUCUCCGUCUCCGUCUCCGUCUCCAACAAGUGGGUUAAUGUCUUUGCCAGAUGACAUGGUUCUAAACUGCUUGGCCCGCGUGUCAAGAUCGGACCACAGGGCCUUAUCCCAGGUCUCAAAGAGCAGCCGCUCACUGGUGGUUUCGCCGGACUUGUACGAGACGCGAUCUCGAAUGGGUUUCACGGAGGACUGCAUCUAUAUAUGCUUACUCGCUCCUUAUAGCAGAAACCCGGUGGGCUGGUUCACCAUCCGAUGGCGAGGAAGAGGAGAGGAGAAUCGGCUGACCCGGAUCCCGAUGCCUCCGUUCCCAACUCCUAACCGGGCUACCUUUGUCCCCCUGGGAUCGCGGAUCUAUGUAAUUGGCGGAAGUAUAAGCGCCGAGAGUACAUCGCGUGUCUCGUUCCUGGAUUGUCGGACUCACACGUGGAGCCAGGUCCCCUCCAUGAGAGUUGCUCGCGCUGCCGCCAGCGCAGGCGUCUUAGACGGUAAGAUAUACGUGAUGGGUGGCUGCUGGGACGGGGACCCCUCAAACUGGGCAGAGGUUUUCGACCCGAAGAUGCAAACUUGGAGUAACGUGAUUAUCCCGGAUGCGGUGAACUGGGCAUAUGCUCCCAAGGUGGUUGGGCGGGAUAGUUACUUGUACAACUUUGGGAGUGAAGGUGGUAUGUGCAAUGAUUUAAUAAACACAAGAGAUGCUUCUUGUGCCAUAGACAAAUUGUUAUACUGUCGUGAUCCCAAAGGGAGAAUCAUGUGGUGUGACCCUUGGAGUGGGGUGAGGAAAGGGAGGAUGGAGUGGUACAAGGUGAACGGUUUGGAAGAUUUGGAAGGUUUUCUCAAGGAUGAUUUCGAGAGUCAAGACAUGGGGAAACAGAUCCUUUCCGAUGGGGUUAAUGCGGAUCUGUGGGAUAGCUAUUUGCUCAAGCGCGGUUACCCAUACGGCCUCGAAGACUUAGUUCCGGGGUCCCAACUCAUAAAAUCCGGAGGCAACCUUUUCGUCUUCUGGGGCGUGCUCGUCGGAAAUCAUCCCCGUAAGAGGUUGCAGGUUUGGUGCGCAGAGAUUUCACUCGAGAGGCGCCACGGAGGCCAAAUUUGGGGGAUCAUCCAGUGCUCGGAUCAUGUUUUCACUACUGGACCUGACCUCACUUUUUUGUCUUCUUUUAAUGUUAAUCUUUGAAGUAGUUUCUUUAUUUCUCUUUAAUUUUAACAUUUGAUACUCUUGUUUCUGUUAAAUCUGUGUGUAUUUCUACUUGGUCUUCUACUUAUAUAAUCAUAUUUGUGAAA